AUGAAUAUUUCUGAUCGGGGAUCUAAAAGAAAGCAGCCCGAGGAGUUUCCUCCCGCCUUCUACAGGGAGCCCGAUCUGGGUUUCUAUCAGCGGGACCCUGGGUGCUACAAUCCGAAGAAAGAACAACCGCAAGCUUCCAUAGCGGAGUGUUCCCCGCCCAGGGACUCUAAGAAUGGGAAAGCUAUCGUUCUUAGGGAAGAGCCCCGAGUAGAGAUGGAAGAGCAAGUGUCCUUCUCCAUAAGAGUAUUAGAAGAGAAGCUGCCUAAAGGAUACAAGCCCCCUACCAUUGGGGAAUAUGAUGGUAGCAAGGACCCUGAAGAUCAUCUCCGCAAGUUCAGGAAUGCAGUAGUGUUACAUCAAUAUAGUGACUCCGUCAAGUGUCGGGUAUUUCUAAAUACUAUGUCAGGAUCAACGCAAAAAUGGUUUGAUGGACUGCCACACGGGUCCAUCACUUGUUUUCAAGACUUCAAAACUUCUUUCCUGCGUCACUUCGCUAGUAGCAGGAAGUAUCAAAAAAUGGACCACUACCUCUUUGCCCUUAAGCAAGGAUCUGCUGAACCUUUAAGGAUUUAUAUUAAGCGCUUUAAUCAAGUGGCUCAGGAUGUCCCAUCUGCCACUUCAGAGAUACUGAUGAGCGCCUUCUCAUAUGGAUUGGUGGAAGGGGAAUUCUUCAGAGACCUCAUCCACAAUCUUGUGAAGAAUUUUGCUGAAAUGCUGGAAAGAGCGACCAGCUAUAUUCAUGUGGAGGAGGCUCAGGCUGCACGUAAAAAGGUAAACAAAGCCCCCGAGCCUAUCAAGAAGCCAGAGAAGAGGAUACCUCAACCACCAGCCCAGCCUCUUCCUCGUGCUCGGGAAGCCCGACCUCCCUUCCCACCUGGUUAG